AUGUUGUUUGAAUCUAUUGUUUAUGCUUUGAUUUUUCCUUUAUGCUUUGCCGAUUUUGAUGAAACAUCAUUCUUUUGCAAAGUGCCACCACCGAAGUUAAUUAACGGAUCAAUAAAACGUGAUCGAGUUUCAUAUUAUAAAGGACAAGGUUAUUUAGGUAAUAUGGAAUAUAUGUGUUCACCGGGGUUUUAUCUUCUUGGAAAUAAAACUGUUACAUGUCAAAAUGGCGUAUGGUCAACAAUGGUUCAAUGCAUUCCUGAAAAACGAUGUUUACCUAUUAAUAUUUAUCCAUUAAAUACACAAGUUGAAUCGAAUAACAUAACUCUUUUUCAAAAUGAUCCUCAACAAAUUGUUGUUGGUUCAACUAUUACUUUACGUUGUGUAGAUAAUUACGAAUUUGAUCCUACUUCAAAUGAAUCUCUUAUUAUUCAAUGUCAAAAUGAUGGUACUUGGACAUCAAUGCCUAGCUGUAGAUAUGUUCAAGCAAUGUGUAAUUAUUCGAAAUUAUAUCUACCGUAUCGAUCACGUAUCACUCGAAUGAAUUUUAAAUUUUCAGAACAUAAUCGACAAUUGCAUAUGGUUGGAAGUAAUCUUGAAUAUGAAUGUGAAGAAGGUUAUCGUUUAAUUGAUGGUAAAACAUCUCUUAUUGUCGAAUGUUUAAGUUCUGGCGUAUGGUCUUCAUUACCAAUUUGUGAAUUUGCUUAUCAAACUGAACAAAAGAUACGAUGCGAUUAUCCUAUUUUUAUUAAAAAUGGUUAUAUUGCUGUAUAUAAUGUUACUAUUUGGGAAGAUCAAACAUAUACAGGUAGUAUUACUUAUGAAUGUAAUUAUGGUUUUGAAACAUUGGAUGGUGAUGAUCAAAUCAUAAGUGAUUGUUUCAAUGGUCAAUGGACAAAUAUAAAUGAUUGCCACGAAAUUCCGACAUGUCCAAAACAAGAUUUACUUGAUAUUGAAUCAGAAGUUGAAAAUUCAUAUGUUUUUAAUGUUUCGCUUCAAUAUGUUCGAGAUCCAUUAGCAUUUGUUUAUAAUUCAUAUGUUCUUCGAGUUUGUUUACCAAAUUUCGAACAUGAUCCAUUAAGUCCACCACUAAAAAUUCAAUGUCAACGUAAUACAAAUAAUUGGACUGGUAUACCAAUAUGUCGAAUUAAAACAACAACACAAAUAAUAACAACUGUGAAUGAAGAAGAUUUAAUGAAAAGUAGUAAUUUAUUUUUUUCAAAAGAAAAAUUUACAAUAUAUUCAAGUACAAAUUCAUUUCAAACAACAACAAUAGAAAAUGAAAAUACGAAUGUAAUUUUCGAUGAUACUCAUACAAUCGUUUGUAAUUCAGAUGAGAUUCCAUUUAUUCCAAAUUCAUUUAUGAUUCAAUCAGAAUUAAAUGAAACAUAUAAUAUUGGUACUAAACUUUUUCUUACAUGUCAAUCGGGCUAUGAAUCUUUAUUUAACCAAUCAAGUUUUAUUACAUGUUCUAUGAAUGGAACGUGGUCAAUUGAUACAAUCAAUAUAACAAUGUGUCAAUUGAGCAAUGAAACUACUGAAGAGAUUUUCUUUGAUACUUCAACGAUUCUAUCUAAUACAACAGAACAGAAUAAUAUUACUAUAAAUCUAGAUGAUGACUUACCCAUAAUGAAUAUUUCAAAUGAAACUUUCGUUUCAUCUACUCAAUCAUUAUCCACCGGUAAUCGACAAAUUCGUGAAACUGUUUCAUAUUGUAAAACAUUACCUAACAUUGAACAUGCUCAAUUAUUAAGUGAUGAUACCAUAAAACAUUUUAUUAAUAAUGAAAUAAAAUAUAGUGGAUCAAUUUUAUUUAUUUGUCAAUAUGGUUUUAUAAAUGAUAUUAGUAAUAAUGAACCAUUUCGAUUAACUUGUCAAAAUGGUAUUUUUCAUCCAAAAAUAAUUUGUAAUGAAAAACCUCGAUGUUCACUUCCACCACCGAUUGAUUCUAUGCGAAGCUCAGUUAUUGAUUCUUUAAUAAAUGUAUUUGAUACAUCAACAAAUGAAGCUAUUCCUGGGUCGUUUGUUCUUUUGAAUUGUUUCGAUAAAUCCAUUAGUCAAAGUUCUACCUUUAAUAUGACUUGUCUUGACAAUGGUCAAUGGCUAUUACUUCCACCACCAUGCAUUGCUCCUUUUAAACGUCGUUGCCAAAGUGGAAUUACUAUUCCAAAUGCUCGAACACAAAUCUUUGCAAAAUUAACCACUGAUGGUUAUUAUGAUGAUGGUAGUAGAGUUACUUAUCGAUGUCUUGAGAAUUUUAUACAUGAUCUUCAAUCAGGUCCAUUAUAUAUUCAAUGUAGAAAUGGUCGAUGGGGUCCACGACCAAGAUGUAUUCCAAGUGGUUGUCUUGAAUCAAUGCCUGAAACAAUUGAAAAUGGUUGGAAAAGUGCUGAAUCUUAUUUUAUACAUUAUGAAAUUAAAUAUUAUCUUUUAACAAGAUAUUCAUGUCAUGAAAAUGCAAUUAUAGCUAAUACAUCAUCUCAUGUUAUUGAUAUUCAAUGUCGAAAUAAUGAAUGGCAAUAUAAUUCAUUACCUAUAUGUCAAAAAAACGAAUAA